AUGAAAUUUGAUCAAAAGGUGUAUAACCGGGGUGUUCGCGACGCGCAAACAUGUGCAACUUCUGAACGGCCUUCAGCAUCCCUCUCAUCUAAAGACUACAUUGUUAAAGGAACUAGAAAUAUGUCUUCCUCCCGGGACCGCGUUGAAGACACCUAUGAACGGCAGAAUGAUCAAAGGUUGGACGAGUUACAUAGUAAAAUUAGAGCAAUAAGAGGGAUUACUACAGAUAUUCAUGACGACGUUGAACGACAACAUCUCAUGCUCGAUGACACUGGUAACACUUUCAACUCGUUUGGCGCCUCUUUGUCUCAAACGGCCAGACGUGCGACUCAAGCGUUUGGAAUCGGCCAAGGAAGUCUUAAAUCGUGGCGAAUAGCCAUGUAUGUCGUCGGUGCGUUCUUGAUGCUGUGGAUGGGAAGUAAAUUAUGGUGGUGGUGGGUCGGGAGCGGCGAAACAACGACAUGA